AUGGCUUCUCUCUUUAACAAAUUUCAAGAGGUUGUGAAAAAUCUGGCCAAAAGUCCCACAUUUGCUAAAAAUCCAAGGGAGUUCCAAUUUGAAGCUGACAUGAAUCUUGCUGUUAAUGAAGUCGACAUCUUCAGUUACAAUCGUUUGGGGAGGAAUGCCGAGGAGGCAGAUGCAGAGGAGAUCAUUGAAAUGGCCGGUAAAGCUUCUGUUGAUGAUCAGCAGAAACAGGUCCAAGAAAACAUCCAUUUUCAAAUUACAAACUUCUGUACAGCUAUGAAUGAAAUUCUUCUUCCUGAUGUGGCAAAGAGAAAUGAGAACGAUGAAGCUCCUGCACAAUCGAAUGCUGCUCCUCACCAUAGCGGCCUUAGUUUUGCUGUCAGCAAGAGUGGUCCACCUACUGACCGUUCUGCUAUAUCUGAGACGAGGCAGUUAAAUUGGGCUGAAGUAUCACAGAGUUUAAAAGAUCACAUUGGCUACACACUUGAUCUCAAGCCAUCUCUGAUACCCCACAAUGAUGCUGGGCGAGGUUUGUUCAUAAGCGGCGAGGCUGAUGUGGGCACUGUUAUUGCCAUAUACCCUGGUGUCAUUUACAGCCCUGCCUAUUACCGGUAUAUCCCAGGGUACCCAAAAGUCAAUGCCCAGAACCCAUAUUUGAUCACUAGAUAUGAUGGUACUGUGAUCAAUGCCCAGCCUUGGGGUUCUGGGGGUGAAAGUCGCGAAGUGUGGGAUGGCUUAACUAUGCCAGAAAUCAGACCUAGUGUCCAAAGUAUUGAGAAAGGUUCGGAUCGGGUCUGGAUGAUGCUGAGCAAACCUUUGGAAGGUACACGAGUUGGUUCUAUUGGUGAUGUCUUGGAGCGGAGAAACCCAUUAGCUUUGGCUCAUUUUGCUAACCACCCAGCGGAGGGUGUGGAUCCUAAUGUUAUGAUUUGCCCCUAUGACUUCCCGCUGACUGAGAAGGAUAUGAGGACCUAUAUACCAAAUGUAUCAUUUGGAAAAUCAGAAGUGAAUAUGAGAAGAUUUGGCAGUUUUUGGUUCAGAUCCAGUGCCAAAAAUAGCGCAUAUGAUGUUCCUGUUCUCAAGACUCUGGUGUUAGUUGCCACUAGGGCAAUUGGUGAUGAAGAAGUGCUCCUAAACUACAGGUUGAGCAAUGCGAAGCGUCGGCCAGCAUGGGUGAUUAGAUUACAAUCUGUUGAAUAUUGUGUCGUUAUUUCAGCUGGGCCGAAGAUUAACUCCAAACUUUUGAAAUCAGAUAUUAGACUGGAGCUUAUUGAAAAGGAAGAGAAAUCCUCGAACCUUCCGGUGGUGUUCUUUUACUGGAGUAGAUUCCCCAUAGAACUGCCGGCUGGCAUCAUGUAUGCCAAAGUUUCUCAAGGUGUCCUUGCUUCACGGAGUUCCUAG